UUACAUCUUGGCCAUGUCAAUUAGCUGGCCACUCUUUUCUCUCUUGCUACUGUUUCUUUUAGAACUGCAGGCGACUCAAGCGAUAUGGUUUCCCUGGUACUAUCAUCACUACGGCUUCGAGUCGCACAGUAAUCGUCAUGGUGGUAAAACAACACCAGCUGGAGCAACAGACAAAAGCACAGCAGUAACAAACAAGCCGAACAAAGAUUGCUUCAAAACUUGUCCACCUGGCUAUGAGCUAAGGCCAAAGGACGCAGUAACAUGUCCGCCUGGCUAUCAGCUCAAGGGCAAGACCGGCGUAGUCAGUGCACUCCGUACUUGUAAUGAUAAUGCCUUGGUACUGCAGCUGGCCCGCCUCUAUGUGGUCAGUCCGGAGCGUAUUGUACUGCUGUUGGCGCAGCCUCAGCUCAAGGAAUCCUGUGCUGAAAUUGCCGAUGUGCUGGAUCGCAUACGUGGCGCCACAAGCAACUGCAUGCUUGCCGAUGACAAUAUCUAUGCGAAGCUAGCCGACGGUCUCAAAUACUACAAGGAAGAGGUAUGCGACGGUGGUGCCAACAAGAAACGUUGCGCAUGCCUCACCGAGGCGCACAGCUGCUUCAAGGACCUGCGUACGGACAUGAUCGAGUGCGAAGGUCCAGCGGACUGGUACGAGAAGCGCAAUGCAAACAAAGUCUGUCAGAGCUUCAACGAUAUCCUUGACUGCUAUUAUACGCGUGGCGCCUUGCUGUGCGGCUUGGAGGCUGCCCAGCAACUUAGAUCCUUUGCGGCCGAUAGCAUGAGACGUGCCAUGAUCCUUUCCUGCGAUGUGAACAAACGUUUGCCACACGUCACAGAUCCCAUGCCAUCUUUCUCAGUAGGUUCUGGGUGUUAUUUUAAUAUUUGGCUGCUUGCAUUUUGUUUGUUUCUGGCUUUCUAAUUCCAUAUCCAUUUAUAUGCAUACAUUUAUCAUAUUUUUA